AUGAAUAAAUCAGAUAAAUUCGUUGCGGAACAAUUUGACAUUAAUGAUGAAGAAUGGACUAUAAAUAAAUGUAAACAAUUUUUAAGGUUCAUCCAAGAGAAACCAACCAAUACCAGAAUCGAAAUGGAAAAGAAUGAUGAGAACCACAUUUUUUUGCCAAAAUACAUUAAGGCAGUAAAUGAAAAUGGCAAAAAAUUUUACGAAUGGAAAUCAGAAGAACUUGACGAUAUAUUUGAAGCGAUUUUUCAAUUUUUGAAUAAAUAUUAUCCCGACAUAAACAAAUUUCAAUUGCAAACUAAUCACGACGAAAAAAUAAGCGAAUGGAAAAUUAAAUAUCCCAUUCUUAAAAAACUAAAAUCCAAGAAAGAAGCGGAUUUGCAAAAUGAUCUCAUCAAAGAAGUUAAUGAUAAAUGGCUUCCGGGGUUCAAAUAUCUUUAUAAUUUCGAAUAUCAACAUGCGGAAUACGUAGGGGACUUAAUUUUUGCGAAUGAUCUUGGAAUUCUUGUGGCUGUUGAAACGAAAAUAAUUGGAUAUUCUCCAUUUCAGUAUAAAAAAGUAAAUGAGGCCGAAAAACAAGCUAUCAACUAUCGAAAUAUCCUCAUGGAUGAAACUAAAGAUAAACCUGAAAUAAUUACAGUAAUUGGCUGUUAUUUUCUCAAGCCCAGUUUUUUGGGAAACAGGAAAAGGUUUCCAUUGGACAUCGACCGCAAAAUAUGGAAUGCAAUCAAAAAGGUAAACAAGUCCAACAAAAAGUCACUGGAUUCUGAUCAACAAUCCGUCGCCCCAACAACUGGCGAGGAAACGCUCUAUAAUUUUGAGAAAGGUACAGAAGAACAAGAGAAUGAAGAGAUUGUUAAAGACUUUGAUAAGAUGAAUCUAUAG